CUUCCACAGGCAGGUGAAAGCUCUGUUUAGAGGCAUGUUGUGUCUGCUGGAUCUCACGCCUUAGUUUCACCCCGAAUGGUCAAUCAUCUGGCUGAGAGGAUUGUGAAGGAAGAUGAGCUCUUUGCAGAAGUUGUCACUCACCCUCCAGCACUCCCAGUCUGCCUCCUCCCUCCUUCCAUUGGCCACCCCUCCUAGAGAUAAUGCCCUACAUCUGUGGAGACAGAAGGAUGGUGUCCUACCCUCAGAGGUCUCAUUCAGUGAGCAGCAGCCUGGACUGAUGAAAGGUUUCGUUCUCCCGAGUAAGGAAGAACCGAAGCAACAGCAGUCAGAGCCAGUAAGUCUGAUCUCUGUGCAGCCUCCACAAUUCGCGCUGGAAUCUGAUACAGCUGCUCAACACUACAAUGAGCGAUGUGAUUCCAGGGCAACUUCAGAAGAACAAACAGUGUACAGUGAUGAGAGUGGGGAAGACAGCGCUCCUGAGGAACCACUGAACAACUCAGUGGAUGAGGUCUCCAUUUUGAAAAGGCUGGGCCUUCGGAGGGAAUUCUACACUGAGAAAGAGGUCGAGACUGCAUUCGUCCACCUGUCUCUCGCAUUCAAAUCUGACAUGUUCACGUUGAAGCAAAGGCUUGAGGUGGAAGAACGAGCCCGGGAUGUGGCUGAGGAAAACAUCCAGAAGGAGCUGGAAGGAUGCAGAAUAAUACUGCAGAAACUGAAAGCUGCUUGUUCGGACAGGCAGAGACAGGAGACUCUAAAACAGUUCGAGUACAACCUUCAGGUUCUGGAAGCUUCCAUCACACGAGUGACCAACAGCUCUGAACUACUGGGUGCAGUACAUCAGGAAGCCCGGGUAAGUGGCGGUGUGCAGGUGAUGAUGGAACAUGUGGCCAAUUUGAAAAGCAUACAUGCCAAAGAACAUGCAGAACUGCAGGAAAUGAAGAAAAUCAUUCAGCAGAACUCCAGGAGCCGACAGUUUGGAGACAUGAGAGAUGAUGCCGACUUUCAGACUAAGCAUCAAAUGAUGAGAGCUAUGCAUCAGAGUACAGCUCGCAGGAGAGUGAGCAUCGCUGUCAUUCCAAAACAGCUCGUGACCUUUCAUAUUCCAGACUCCAAAGCAGCUGACAGUGAAGAGUGCAGGAUGGAUUACAGCUGUACGAAGAUCCCCAAGCACAAUGUCCCACUACAAAACAGCAGACUACGAAAUCUUCGCGAAGACUCAAUUGGGAACUAUGCACAGUGCCUAGCGUCAAAUUCAAACCAACCUAUGCUGCCUUCUCAACGCUGUGAGAUUAAAUCUGAGGACAUCUCAUUUCGAAGAUCAGAAUGCAUGUGGAACUUGAAAGGAAAAGCAAACUGGAAAUCAUCAAGAUCAGGAGGAGCACCAACUUCCUUAUUAAAUACAUUGGACUGCCCCUGCCUGAGGCAAAACCAGGGACAAAAAGUAGGUGGCAUGUUGAAGAAGGAAACAUUGAACAGAAAGCGAGAGACAGAGAGUGAGAGUGAAGAUGAAGAUGAAAAUACUUCAGACACAACGAGUGAUGCCUCAUUGUUGUUGGACCAGCAAUCUCCAUCAUCUGGGUUGUCCUGUUUCCUUGAUAGCUACCAGAAGAUACUUACCUCUGUUGUGUUGACCCUCAUUGUCGCAUGGCUACUGCAGCCAAAAUCCUUCUGGUUCUGGCUAUGACAUAUUGUGUGAACGGAACCUCAAAGUGAAGAUGUCAACAAGUUCUGUCCCAUUCCGACAGGAACGAGCAUUCUCAGAAGUCGCAGGGGAAGGCCCACCUCAAAAAAAAAAUAAAGCACCAAAAACAUUUGACUGGAGAUUCAGAAAUUCACAGCACCUAAAGAGCCUCUUGGUCCAUCAAAGUCAGGCGUGCAUUAAAAUUCCAAAUGAAACCAGGUCUUGUUUGCCUUUGGGCGACAGCAAAUUUUGAGAUCUGCAAGUGGAGGUACAGUAUUGCUACAAUUAUGGAACACAUUCAAGCCGAGGGCAUUUCAUGCUAGCAUUGAACACAAUCACACCUAAUAUGUCAGAGUUAGAGCUAGCUCUAUACUGACCCAGCAAUAUACUUCAGCCCCAAAUCCCAAGGAGAACAGCUCUAUUGUACUUGGUGAUACAGGCUUCCAAAUCGGGCAUGCAGCGGUCUCUCUUAAUUUUACUGCCAGUUUAGUUUCUGUUUUAUUCAUUCGUGGGAUGUGGACGUUGCUGGCUGGCCAGCAUUUAUUGCCCAUCCCUAGUUGCCCCUUGAGAAGGUAGUGGUGAGCUGCCUUCUUGAACUGCUGCAAUCCUCCUCAGUGGGGAGGGAGUUCCAGGAUUUUGACCCAGCAACAGUGAAGGAAUGGCAAUACAUUGCCAAGUCAGGAAGAUGAGUGGCUUGGAGGGGAACUUGAAGGUGGUGGCACUCCCACGUAUCUGUAAAUCUAAGCACAUUGAAAUUAGAAUUGCACCUCUCCAAUUUAUCAAACGUUCCAGCACAGAAGGAGGCUGUUCAGCCUAUCAAUCCUGUGAAAGCCCCUUUGAAAAACUUCUUCCACAUUUUCUGUUUCUUUUUCCAUUGUUCUGUAAAUGUCACACAAUCGAGUAUCUGUUCAAAUCCCUGAGAACAGAGAUGGGAGAUUUAAAAUCAAGACGUUGCUUGACUGGGGACCCAUGUACGUCUGUGAACACUGUGAUGAUAGAGGAAUGGGACCUGAUGGAAGUAAAGACAUAACCAACAAAGUUUAUUGGCCAAUACCUAGUUUAUAGAUAUUAGAAUGUGGGAGACCAGCCAGCAGCCUGUUGGAAUAAUUGAGUCUGGAGUAGCAUAGGAAUGAAUGAGGCCGUCAUAGAUGCUGAGGCAGAGAAGCAAGGUGAUGUUACGGAAAUGGAAAUAGACAGAUUUGGUGAUGGACUGAAAAUGAGAUUUAUUUUUUAAGGUCGACCUUCCAGAUCCUGAUGACUAUCUAAGUGGAACCAAUUUGCCUCAUUUCCCCUCUUGAAUUUUAGUCAAUGAUUUUGGAUCUAUGAUGUUUACUUCUUGACCCAUGUGAUAUUUCUUCUCUAUCUGUUUUAUCAAAACCUCUGUCAUCUUGAGAACCUGUAUUAGGUAUCCUCUUAACUUUCUCUGUUAUAAGGAGAACAGUCCUUACAUUUCAUAACUCAUCCCAGGCAAUAUCCUGACGUACCUCACUUGCAUCCUCUCUAUGGCCUAACACCGUAACACCCAAAAAAACGAUACAUCGUUUGGGAUAAUGAGUUGCACAUGUUAGCAAUAAUAAAGUGCUACAAAAAUAUCCACGAUGAAUCAGUUUCAUGCAAUGGCAAGUAAGUAGCAAAUUAAUUUUGAUACAGGUAAUUCUGAGGAGUUCUAGUUUGCCAAGAAAAGUAAAGGGGCCACAUUCUGCUUGGAAAAGAGGAGUAAGAAUAGG